AUGAUUGCCAAGAACCCCAACGGAAAUACCGCGGUUAUCCCGCUCCUGAUUAACAACGAGUCCUCUGUGACCGAGACGAUAUUCGACGUUACGAGCCCCGCGACGGGUGAGGUGAUUGACCGUUGCGCCGGAGCAACAGUCGACGAUGCCAACCGUGCUGUCGCGGCCGCGAAGGCCGCCUUCCCUGGAUGGAGCAAGACCAAGCCGUACGAUCGCAGGGAUAUCCUCAUUAGGGCUGCGGACAUUAUGCUCUCCCGGAAAGAAGAAUUGAUUCGGUAUCAGAUGGAGGAGACAGGUGCGGGACGUAUGUUUGUGGAGAAAACCUUUAUGCUGGGAGUCGGGUUCUUGAAGGACUUCGCGGCGCGGAUCCCGUCUAUCGAGGGUACAGUGCCGUCUGUUUCGGAAGAUGGAGAGUGCGCAAUGGUUAUCAAGCAGCCAUAUGGCGUAGUAUUGGGAAUCGCGCCUUGGAAUGCUCCCUACAUCCUUGGAACCCGUGCAGUCGCUCUACCCCUCGCCGCAGGUAAUACAACGAUUCUGAAGGGAUCAGAGCUGUCCCCCAAGUGUUUUUGGGCAAUCGGAGACAUAUAUCGCGAAGCUGGUCUUCCUGCGGGAUGUCUCAAUGUCCUUUACCACCGUCCCUCGGACGCAGCGGCGGUCACGAAUGCCCUCAUCGCUCACCCGGCUGUGCGCAAGAUCAAUUUCACCGGUAGCACCACAGUGGGCUCAAUCAUCGCGUCCACUGCCGGCAAAUAUACGAAGCCGGUACUCCUCGAACUGGGAGGCAAAGCCUCGGCCAUCGUCUUGGACGAUGCCAACCUGGAAAAGGCCGCCAUGUGCUGUGCACUGGGAUCCUUUAUGCAUUCCGGACAAAUAUGCAUGUCGACGGAACGCGUUAUAGUACAGCGGUCUAUUGCAGACAGGUUCAAGCAAAUGAUGGCGGAGGCGGUGGAGAAAGUAUUCGGCAAGCACGGGCCGGCAUUGGUCCUCGUUGCACCUGCUGCAGUGAAGAAGAACAAGGAGCUGGUAGAGGAUGCGCUUGCCAAAGGCGCCAACCUUGUCUAUGGCGACACCGCGGCCGUUGACUUAAACAACAGCAGCAUGCGGCCUGUGAUCGUUGGCGAUGUCGCCAAGAACAUGGACAUGUACUUCACGGAGUCAUUUGGCCCGACUGUAUCCCUCAUUGUCGUUGACAGCGAGGAAGACGCUGUGACAUUGGCCAAUGACACGGAGUACGGCCUUACUUCGGCCGUAUUUACGGGUAACUUGUUCCGUGGCCUCAGGGUUGCCAAGCAGAUUGAAGCAGGAGCUGUACACAUCAACUCUCUGACCGUGCACGACGAACCUGUUCUUCCCCAUGGCGGCUGGAAGAGCAGCGGAUACGGUCGCUUCGGAGGAACCUCCGGUUACGACGAGUGGCUGCAAACCAAGACGAUUACUUGGGUAGAAUAA